CACCUGACUAUACGAACCCGUAGUGUUCCUUGACAUUGUCCCCAGGCCCCAGCUGUUGUUGUUGUUCAUAGGUACCUAUUGCUGACGCUGUCAAAAUUUGUUUACUACCUACAUAACGACUGUUGGGAAGAAUUCAGAUUAAUUUUUGAUAGAAGGAAACUGGCUGACAAUAACGUAUAGCGAUGUUAUCGUCUAUGGUCAAAGAGCAUCAGAGCCGACUACAAAGUCGUAAAGAAGAACAAGAACGUAGACGUAAAGAAGCUGUUCAGGCCAGUAGUAAUCUUACCCACGCUCUAGUAGAUCAUCUGAAUGUAGGAGUUGCUCAGGCAUACUUGAAUCAGAAGCGACUGGACAGUGAAGCAAGCCAACUUGAACAAAAUGCAACAAACUUUCAGAGACAGACAUCACAGUGGCUUGGAUUGAUUGCUUCUUUCACAGACUCAAUGAAAGAAGUUGGUCAUGUACAGAACUGGGCCUCUACUAUUGAAGGGGACAUGCAGACCAUUGCAACAGCCUUAGAAUAUGCAUAUAAAGUUGAACAGCAAGUUGGAAGCGGAGGUGGUGGUGGUGGUUCUACAACUUAGGAUAUUUGCAUAUUUAUUUUAGUCCUCACGUAAAUAUUACAGAGUCAUCUGGUUUUAGUGACUCUAACUUAGUGUCUUCAAAAAGUUGAUUGAUGAUGUCAUUAGCAUCAACACGGGUCGCAUCAACUCUGGAUUCUUUAUUAGCUUCGGUGCUGGAAUUCUUGGCACGACUUACUGCUGUACGUUCCAAUGACCCUCCAUCACUCAUGCCACCUGAACCUGCACUGCUACUUCUGGAAAGAAAAAUAAAUAAAUAAAUGCAGCUAACAAAAAUUUUGGAUUUGCAGCAAGGUUUUUGUUAUAAAAGGUAUUAUGUGCUUCUCAAAACUCAAUCAUGAUUGAGUGUUUAAUCUAUGCUCUUCCUUACGAAAUUUCUGCCCAAGUCAAUAUUUUUUGAAGAAUAACAAUACAUGAUAACCUUCAAAAGUAUAUAGUGUGUAAGUUGUAUUUGUAAAUAUAAAUGGAGCACUUCAACAUGAUAAGCAAGAUUUCUUAAUAUGAGAUAAAGGAAAUAAAACACCAAAACAAGA